ACUACUCACAAAACAGAAGGAUAAAAACCGUCGGAUGGGCUUCCGUUGAUAUUAACUUUGCCGCUUCUUUCAAAAACACAGUCACCCGCCGGACGUCUCACCGAUUGCCGACGACGAUCAGCAUACAGGGAUUCAGCAUGAACCUGCAUCUUAAGACGGCUUCAACUGGACUUCACCUGUGGAUCAUGAUCCAGUAUCCAACUCGAAAUCCGAACCAGAGGAGUCUUCUUCCUUAGUUGAGCUAGAAGACAGGUCUCGGCGUCUCGCUCUCUCUCUGAGUUGAAGGCAAAGGGGAGGAAAGGGCAGGCGAAGUCGAAGGAGAAGAAAAGAUGGCGGACAACUUCUUCGAGGAAGACCAGCUGGCGUCCAUGCCUAUCGAGGACAUAGUUAGAGCUUCUCGUCUCCUCGACAACGAGAUCAGGAUCCUCAAGGAUGAGAUGCAGAGGACGAAUCUCGAAUUGGAGAAUCUGAAGGAUAAGAUCAAAGAGAACCAAGAGAAGAUCAAGCUGAACAAGCAACUUCCGUACUUGGUUGGCAACAUUGUCGAGAUCCUAGAAAUGAAUCCUGAGGAUGAGGCUGAAGAAGAUGGUGCAAACGUUGAUUUAGACUCUCAAAGAAAAGGGAAAUGUGUUGUCCUGAAAACUUCUACACGCCAGACAAUCUUUCUUCCUGUGGUUGGGCUUGUAGACCCAGACAAGCUAAAGCCUGGAGAUUUAGUUGGAGUUAACAAAGACAGCUACUUGAUAUUGGAUACUUUACCAUCUGAAUAUGACUCCCGUGUUAAGGCCAUGGAGGUGGAUGAAAAACCAACAGAAGACUACAAUGAUAUAGGAGGGCUUGAAAAGCAGAUCCAAGAACUUGUUGAGGCCAUUGUGUUGCCAAUGACUCACAAAGAAAGAUUUCAGAAAUUGGGGGUCCGCCCACCUAAAGGAGUUCUUCUUUAUGGACCUCCAGGAACGGGUAAAACACUUAUGGCACGUGCCUGUGCAGCUCAAACAAAUGCUACUUUUCUUAAGCUGGCAGGUCCCCAGCUUGUUCAGAUGUUUAUAGGAGAUGGAGCGAAGCUUGUCCGUGAUGCAUUUCAGCUUGCAAAGGAGAAGUCCCCCUGCAUCAUAUUUAUUGAUGAAAUUGAUGCCAUUGGUACAAAAAGAUUUGACAGUGAAGUAAGUGGAGACAGAGAAGUCCAGCGGACAAUGUUGGAGUUAUUAAAUCAACUUGAUGGUUUUAGCAGUGAUGAACGUAUAAAGGUCAUAGCAGCUACGAACAGGGCAGAUAUCCUUGAUCCUGCACUCAUGCGUUCAGGCCGUUUAGAUCGCAAAAUUGAGUUCCCACACCCAUCUGAGGAAGCCAGAUCUCGAAUCUUGCAGAUCCAUUCUAGAAAAAUGAACGUUCAUCCAGAUGUUAAUUUUGAAGAGCUGGCUCGUUCAACUGAUGACUUCAACGGGGCCCAACUUAAAGCUGUUUGUGUAGAGGCAGGCAUGUUGGCUCUCCGUCGUGAUGCAACUGAGGUUAACCAUGAAGAUUUCAAUGAAGGGAUCAUUCAAGUUCAAGCGAAGAAGAAAGCAAGCUUGAACUACUACGCUUAGCUUCAUCAACAAUAUUCCGCUUAGUUUCAUCAACUCUUUUUGUGGAGAAUACUUGGUGGAAACUGUAAAGUUCAAGCCUUCGUUGCUAUAGCAAGCCAUCCCCUGUUCUCUGCAUUUAAAAGAAUGUUAAAUUCGGCUUCUUUUUCCCGUUAUUGAUAGUGGUAAUAUUCUCUAGGACCAUGUUGUUACCCUUUUCAUUGUUAAAUUCGGCCUCUUUUUUCCCCUUAUUGGUACUGGUAAUAUUCUCUAGGAUCAUGUUGUUACCCUUUUUAUUGUUCUAAAAGUUUGUUGGCCUUGUUGAUUUGUGACUUCAGCUGAACUGUAAAGCUCUAUCUGGGAACCUUCUCUGGAUCUACUCUAGUUCGAGAGAGAACAUCUUAUUUUUCA